GAACCAUUCGAAAUACGAUGUACAAUGAUGUGGGGUGGCAGAAACAUACUAAUGCAACAUUACGAUCCGACAAAAUAUUUUAACCGAUCAUGGCAGGAAUACAAAGACGGGUUCAGUGAUGAAUUGAAAGAGAAUUUCUGGUUGGGUUUGGACAAGGUCCACUAUCUUACAGAGUCCAGUAGAAAGAAGGUUUAUAUUGAACUUACUGAUCCUACGCAAUCGCAUGUAAGAAAUCGAUAUGAUGAUUUCAAAAUUGGCAAUGAAACAACAGGAUACAGGUUGAUAAGCCUUGGCAGUAUCACUACCAACGAAUUGCCCGAAUGUUUAACAGAUAUGGUCGGCUCGAAAUUCUCAACGUUUGAUAAUGACCAAGAUCAAAACAGUCAGAAUUGUGCCGCGGUUUAUGGAGCUGGGUUUUGGUAUCAAUCGACACAAUGCAGUACCUGUAACUUGUUUGGUCAAUUC